AUGGAUUCUUUACUUAAUGAACAAGAUAAAAAUAAUUUAUUAAAAGGAAUUGGAAAUAAAAAAAUUGCGAGGUCAUUGCUAGAAAUUAUAAUGAACAAAUGUGAUAAUGCUUAUUUUAAAAUUACAAUAGAAGACAAAAGAGAAUUUUUUGGUUCUUUAAAAUAUGUGGAUAAAUAUUUUUUAUUUCUUACUGAUUGUGAGGAGCAUUAUAUAGGAAAUCAAAUAUAUGUAAGAAAAUGCGGUGAUAUUUUAAUUCCAUUAAAAAUAAUUAAAUUAAUAGAAAUAAAAAAAAGUUAUUUUGAUAAUUGUUAUGAAGAACUGAAAAAGAUAUAA